AUGAAGAGUCAUAUAUUUUUUGCAGUUCUGUUGAGAGCUGUAGCUGCCUCCUCGGAGAAUGAUCUCGCGCCAAGAGAAGCAGAGACAUAUUGUGUGACCUAUCUCUCCACGUAUCUCGCUGCGAUACCGAACGAAAGGCCCUUCAGUUCAAUCUAUGAUGCACCGGAUACAGAAGAAAGAGAAACCGGCAGGUUUCCCUUGGCUCCGUCGAUCCGUCCGACUUUUGGGAGGAAUACUUCCAUUACCACUUCAGGCGCGAACCCUAGAACCUCGCAGAUCGAUGAAGAGAGUUCGCAAUUGGCAGAAUUUGCGUCAGGGUCUUCGUCGGUAGACCUACCACUGUCGAGCGACGAAGCACUUACAACUCCAUCGGCCUUUCAAAUAACCUCUGGUCAAACCAUCUCUGGCCAAACAACCUUCGGCCAAACAACCUUCGGCCAAACAACAUUUGCAUCUCCCUCAACAACUGGUUUAGUCGAGCCACAAGGGCAGACUGUGAUCUUUCUCAUCCAACUUCCCGACGAUGAUCGAAAGCGCAAUAUCAAUAAGCGAGCAGUCGGAGGAUUUGUUGGAGAGGGUAACCCAGAUACCUGCACUUUUGCCUCCAGCUUCAACCUCGCCGAAGGUCAGCUUUUCAAGAAUGGGAAUCCAAUCUAUUAUGAUGGUGAGGACUUCAAAGAGCUGGAUAGUCAAGGGACUCCACCGGCAAAUGCAAUUACGAAGGGCUUUGCUUCGACUGGCACAUCGCUUAGCUUUCGAAAUGACAACUUGCCGGAUGGCGAGGCAGGCUUCUGUCAGACAUCUGAUGGGCAGGUUUAUAUCACGUUUAAAUCUUCGCCGCCCGGAUGUACACCAGUCACCCUUGGUGUUUAUGACGUCUCUCGAUGUCAGGAUGGCAAGCUCGUUGGUGUUGAUGAUGUCAGCACUACCUCGUCUAUAGUUAGAACUCAAGAGAGCAGCGUCGUAUCGGAUGAAGCUACCAGCCUCUCUUCCGAAGCCUUCGAGCCGUCCACCUCCAGUCUCGGACUGACAACACUCCAGUCUGGCGUGAUGACAUCUUCCGAAACGCCGUCGAGCAUUGAAGACGUGGCCUCAACUACAUCACUGGAGGCAGAUGACUCAACCUCAGAGUCCUCCGUCGUCUCGAUUCCGGGAUCAUCAUCAUCUGAGCUUGCCGAUUCUACUACUAUCUCGGACCUCACCUCCACCACUUUAGUUACCUUGGGAGCAUCAUCUGAAGGGACAACGACUGAGUCUGCGGAUGGUAAAACUGUAAAGACAAUUAGCAACGAAGAGACCACGGAAACCACCACAACUGCAGAAAUUCCAACUACUACUGUUGACGCCUGUGUAGCAGGUAUCACCUCAAUGGGAGGCUCGCCUCCCCUGCAAGAUCGCAUCGACGACUGCGAAGAGUUCAACGUGGUCACAGUUAGCCCAUACACCGUCACUGUGACAAUCAACAAAAAGCGAUGGGAGUAUCGUAUUCCUACCGGUUGGCCCACCGCAAGACCUACAAACAGGCAGCUCGUGCGUCGUCAAGAUCCCGAUGCGACUACCAUUUUCCCUACCGAGACACCUGCUUAUGCUACUUAUUGCGACUCGGUGGAGGACUAUUACGAUGCUUGCUCUAGCGCUGGUGUUACUGCUAUGACGACUACUCUGCCGACACCUACUGAGAGUGAGACGGAUGAAGAGCCUGAGUGUCGUGCUGCGUCGUUGGUGAAGAGGGCUGGGGAAGGUUUGGGAUAUCAAUUUGAGGAUGAUUGGGAUGUCAUCCGUAUGCCGGGGUGGAGGUACUUCUGA